AAUGGUAGCAACUAAGUCGCGGGCAACAUACGCGAUUACAUCUUCGACAGGCGCAGGCAUAGGAGGGAUGCUGCUCGCUCUGGUGGCUUGUUUCGUUCCUUACUGGCGAACUUUGCUGAGGGUCGUGUACGCGCCUGGACUACUCGCCAUAUUCUUUAUCUACUUGCUAGAUGAGAGCCCCAGGUGGCUCCUAGCCAAUGGAAAGAAAAUUAAAGCAGUAAAGAUUAUAAGAAACGCAGCUGAGCUAAAUAAAAUGGAAAUAGACGACAACUUCAACACUAUAUAUUAUAAACAGAAUGAAGAAACAAACUUCACUACAGUAAUUAAAGAUACAUUCACAUCGUCCUAUUUACUGAAACGUUUUUUCGUUUGCUCUGGAUGGUGGAUUGCAGCAACUUUUGUAAAUUUUGGAUUGAUUGUCAAUUCAACAUUAUUAGGCGGCAAAGGAUACAUAAAUUUUGGUAUCUCGUCUGUCAUGAAAUUGCUGGGUAAUUUUUCCACGGCAUACAUUAUCUACAAGUUUAACAGAAAAGGUCCUUUGAUAUUUUACUUCGUCGCCUGCGCUGUUCUUUGUACUGGACAACCGUUUUUGCCAAAAAGUAGUUUUUGGCUCCAGAUAACCAGCUACAUGGUGGGUUUGCUACUGUCAUGUACAAACUUCAGCAUUGUCUAUAUCUUUACAUCUGAACUUUUUCCAACGCAGUCUCGUAACUCCAUGCAUGCGCUGUGCUCGUCUAUCGGAAGAAUUGGCGCUAUGAUCGCUCCGCAGACACCUUUAUUGAUGGCGUACUGGUCCGGUCUGCCAACACUGACGUUUGGUGUAGUGUCCCUGACGGCGGGGCUUGUGACGCUCCUAGUGCCGGACACGACGGACCAAAGUCUGCCGGACACGGUUUGCCAGGCCGAGAAAAUGGAAAAUAAAAUUUUGACCGAUCCUCCUGGUUCCAUCUUGUAUGAAAAAGCCGUGGAAACCAUUUAAAUUCACUUUUUU